AUGGAUACUCCUCAUGCACCUACAGAACAGAAAAUUGGUCCUUACAUUGUCAUCAGGACUCUCGGAGAAGGCAUAACAGGCAAAGUCAAACUUGCUGUUAAUAAAGAAACAAAUGAAAACGUCGCUAUUAAAAUUAUUCCAAAAUCAAGUUUCGAGAAACGUGCUGAUCUCCAAGAGAAAGUUCAUCGAGAGUGCGCUUUAAUGCGUUUGACUGAUCAUCCCAAUAUAUUAAAGCUAUUGGCUUAUUAUGAAUCAGCGCGUCAUAUUUAUAUUGUUCUUGAAUAUGCGAAGCAAGGUGAAUUAUUCGAUUAUCUUAUAUCAAGGCGUGUCCUCCCUGAAGAUCAGGCUUUAGAUUUCUUCAGACAAAUUAUUUUAGCCAUUGAAUAUCUUCAUUCCUUUGGUAUUUGCCAUCGUGAUCUUAAGCCCGAAAACAUUCUUUUAGAUGAAUACACACGAGUUAAAAUAGCCGAUUUCGGGUUUGCAAGAUGGGUUCGUUCUAAUAUUGCAGAAACUUCCUGUGGUUCACCUCAUUACGCCGCUCCAGAGGUAAUCAACGGCCAUCCAUAUGAUGGAAGGAAAGCCGAUAUUUGGAGCUGCGGAAUUAUUUUGUUUGCUCUUUUAGCUGGUUAUUUGCCGUUUGAUGAUCCAUCGAUUCGUACUCUUCUACACAAAGUAAAACGUGGAAGCUUCCAAAUGCCUAGAUUCCGUCCCGAAAUUCAAGAUUUGAUACAAAAGAUUUUAACUGUUGAUCCACAAAACAGAAUUACGAUACCUGAGAUCAAACAACACCCAGCAUUCAGGUUAGGAUUAAAUGAAAGUUACAUCUUUCCAAGCCCAGUUCAAUAUAGUAAUCUCGAACCAAUAGAUAUCAAAACAAUCAAACCAGAAUUACUCGAUAACCUUCGUCAGAUUGGCUUCAAAGACGAUGAACUCGAAACCCAAUUAAGCUCAACGGAAAAUACAAUGGCAAAAGUCUUCCUUUCGAUGUUACAAGAAAGAUUCGAUCCAGACUCACUUCCAUGGAAUCAAUUAGCAGUAUCCGAAGCAAAUGAACUCAGCCAAGAACCUAUUAUGCAUGCUUCCAAAGUUCCAAAGUUCAAUAAAAAUUCGACAGAUGCUUUCCAGCGACACAUUGUUUCUCCUUCGGAAAGUUAUUCUAUGGGUGCAAUGUCUAUUGCAAACCAGUCAGAAUGGACCCUUGUCGAAGACUACGACGCAAUAAUAGAAGAUGUAUUUGAUACUUACGGCGCAAGUAUAUGGCAAGUUAUGUACAAUAUACAGACAUUCCUCAAUACUAAUGGAAUGCAGUGGUUCCAUCCGGAUCCUCAGUCAUUCAUCGCAAGAAACGAAGAAACUAACUUCUACAUAGCAAUCGAAGCCACCUUUAGGACAACAGACGAUGUUACAAUCCUUGUUAGACUAAAGAGAGGCGAUGAAGCAGAAUUUAAUUCAAUUUUCGAAUCUCUCAAAUCUACUCUUGGUAUUGCUGCUUAA